AUGUCUAAUCCCAUGCUUGGUUGCCAGAUUGCUCCGCAGUAUCACCACGGAUAUGACUCCAGCUCGUCCAGCGAGUCAGACAUUGGAGAGCAUGUGCUCACAACAACCGACUCCGCUCGCGUACAGCAGCAGGCCGCCCCCUUCGAGCGCGAGACGAACCACGGUAUCAACUCUGCUUUAGUAAGGCCGACGGUACUACAGCGUGACCGCACGAAGAGCAGUCGCCGAAUCGAAUUCGAUCAGAAGCCUGUUGGAUUCUUCCACUCGUCCAUGGCUGGCGUCAGACUACACGUGAUCAAACUCUGGCUCCGCACCAACCUGAUCCUCGCCGUCGCAAUCAUGACUUUCUUGUGUCUCUUUUGGGGUGCUUUGUUCCGUCAGAAGGCGAAUGUUACCAACCUGAGCGUCUGGGUUGUCGACUUCGACGGUCAACCGCCUUAUACAGAAAUCACACCUUUCGUCGGUCCAUUCGUCACUCAGGCCAUUCGCAACAUCGUUGAUGACGGUGGUGUGGUUCCGGGCUAUACUUUUGCUGCACCCGGCGACUUCGACAACGAUCCACUCGAAGUACGAGACAGUGUUUACGACUUCCACGCCUGGGCAGCCGUCGUGAUCAACCCCAAUGCAACAGCAAUGCUCGAGGCUGCAGUGAGGCAGGGCAACGCGAGUUAUGAUCCGUUGGGCGCUUGCCAGAUCACUUAUAACUCUGCGCGUGACCAGACUACGUCCUCGACUUAUAUCGUACCCAGUAUGAACACGCUCCAAAAGCGUGUCGUGACGGAUUUCGGUCGCGCGUGGAUCGCACAUCUCCUCAAGGAUAACGUUUCAGUUAUCGACAUGCACGUCGACGUUUCGCCCCAGGCUCUUACCCCGGGCAUUGAAUUCACAGUCUAUGAUCUGCGUCCCUUUGGACCACCUAUCGCGACACCCGCGGUCAGUAUAGGCUUGAUCUACUUAAUCAUCAUCUCCUUUUUCAGCUUUACGUUCUUUCUACCCAUUCAUCUAAAGUACCUCUCGCCUAGAGGUCAUCCACCGCUGCACUUCUACCAGCUCAUCGUGUGGCGCUACGUUGCAACUGUCGCAUCCUACUUUCUACUUUCACUCGUCUAUUCUUUCGUCAGCCUCGCCUUUCUCAUGCCUAUGGACCGGCCCAAAGCAGCCCACGAUCAACCUGCUGAUAAUCCCAACGCAUACGGCAGCGGCACCUUCUUGGUAUAUUGGAUGGGCAACUGGAUCGGUAUGAUCGCGUUUGGUUUGGCCAGUGAGAAUAUGGCUAUGCUUCUAGGAACUCCUUGGACAGCCUUGUGGUUGAUUUUCUGGGUUAUCAGCAAUGUAGCAACUGGCUUCUACGCCCUUGAGCUAGCUCCAGGCUUUUAUCGCUGGGGUUAUGGAUGGCCUAUGCACAACGUCGUAGAGCUCACACGAUCCAUCUUGUUCGAUCUACACCCGCGCGUCGGCUUAAACUUUGGCAUUUUAUUCGCUUGGGUUAUGGCAGAUACUGUCCUUUUCCCACUCUGCUGCUAUUAUAUGAGAUGGAAUACAGCGCGAGUCAAGAAGAAUUCAGCCAAGGUUGAGGCGGACUGGCAUGCAAAAAUGACCAAGGAGAGAGAACAGCCUGGUUUGCUAGCAAGGGUCACUACUUUAGGUGACAAGAAGGGCUGA